UCUUCUCCCCAUUGCUUGGCUUCAGGUCAGAUGGCAACAAUAGCUACAGUCAUUUUAGUGCUUGGUUUUAUCCUCACUCCUCUUCACGCUCAAACUCCACCGCCAAAUAAUGUUCCUAUAUCCUGGGUUCAAAAUGCUACUUCCAAAGGAGCAGUUUGCUUAGACGGUACUCCGUCUGCUUAUUAUUUUCAACAAGGCCAAGGGAAGGGAGCUAAUAAGUGGCUCAUCUUCUUACAAGGUGGAGGUUGGUGUGUGAAUCAAACCGACUGCCUAUCACGUGCUACUUAUGGCGGUAGUUCUGGUUCUACCAAGAACCUAAGACAAUCUAUGGAAUUUGGAGAUUUUCUCUCUAACAAUUCAACAUAUAAUCCAGAUUUUUACAAUUGGAACAGAAUUUAUGUUCCAUACUGUGAUGGAUCCUCGUUUACAGGCGAUGUCGAAGCACCCGACAAUCUGACUAAUGUCACAUACCGAGGUGCACGAAUAUUCAAAGCCACAAUGGAUGACCUUCUAUCUAGAGGCAUGAAUUUUGCCCAGAAUGCACUUCUUACUGGUUCUUCAGCUGGGGGACUGGCAACAAUGAUUCAUUGCGAUAGAUUUCGAGAACUUCUCCCAUUGUUUGCCAGAGUAAAAUGCCUCCCAUUUGCAGCCUAUUUUGUGCAUGAGAAAAAUCUACCGGGGAGCAGAUAUUUUGAGUUGGCAUUUGAUGGGCUGAUUAAUUUGCAUGGAUCAGCCGGAAUGCUACCUCCACUGUGCACUUCAAUAAUGAGCAAGCCGAGUCUGUGUUUGUUCCCCCAAUAUUUAUUGCAGUAUGUGACGACACCCGUCUUUAUAGCUAUGUCUUCAUUUGACCAAAUACAGAUAAAAUGGAAUUUGUUCCGUGAGGAUGAAGUGUGUUUGGUAGGUCAAAAUUGCACAAAUGAUCAAAAAGAGGCCAUACAAGAAUUGAGAUAUGAUCUGUUAGAUGCACUCCCCAAAGCUCUUCCCUCGUUGAGGGGGAUAUGGAUCAUGAGUUGUAUUGCUCAUGAGUUUCCUUACCAUUCCACACUUAAAGUCAUAGGGGAAAAGACAUUUGCGGACAUAUUCAGCGAUUGGUACUUUGAUUACACUUAUUUGCAAAUAAUUGAUGCCAAUACGGAUCCAAGAAUUUGCUCUACGUAUGGCAUAAUUCCAAAAAAACUGUGAGCUAAAUGGACUGCAAAACGAACAAGAAUAUCAAGCCUAGAAAAUCUGCCCACUAGUGUCUGCCUGGCUGUGGUUUAUUGUCAUGACAGUUGAAACUUUGUUUUAUUGUGAAAUGUGAAUUUUAGUAUGUAAUGGAUGCAAUCUAGCUACUCCCCAGAAAUGAAGUUGUUGUAGUCAAAAUAUGAUCAACAAACAGUUUGUUGCCUAAAUGGUUGGAGACAGUAUAUUUUAUGCAUAUUACAUAGUUUUAUAAUUAAA